GGGGUGGAGGGAGGAGGAGGGUCAAAGACAGCUGACGCACCGCAGCGGAGCGCUGAGCGUUUCGUUGCGCAUCUUCACUCCCGGCUACAAGAGGAGAGGUGUGCGCAAUAUCUGUCCCAUCCUCGGAAAUAGUUCUUCCACUCGACUUCUCUCUUAUUCGACUUUUACUACUUUCGCUUCUGUGUUAGAGCAAUGGGUUUUGAACUUCACAACUUCCCGCAGCUUUAGUGACAUUAAAGUCGGUGCGCAAACAUCUGAGGAGAAAAGGUGAAUUUAUUGUUGGGCUGAUGUAAGACACUUCAGACAGACGGCUUCCUCUCCUCACUCAGUAAUCACAAUGUUUAACGCCACUGAAGACUGUGGAUGUACUAACAGAAAAUCUGCAUGGCAUUAAUGAACUAGCAGCAGUUCAGUGAUGGGGUUUAAAGACACUUUUCUUCCUUCUGAACUUCUUUUAGCUCGCCAAUGAUGGACGGCAGACAAUCGUCACGGACUUUCACACCUGACCGUGCAGCUUUUGCCAACACAUGAAAAGAAGAAACAUGUUUUCUCGGAACUUAUCAGACAGCAGCAGAGCUAUGGGGACCAGAAAUGGGACAAAAAUCCACCAUCACCCCAAACCCAUCUCUAAAAUCUACUUUUUUAUUUUGCUCCUGCUCGUUUUCACACCGAGAGUGGAUUCAUCGUGGUGGUACAUUGGAGCUCUGGGUGCUCGGGUGAUCUGUGACAACAUUCCCGGUCUGGUGAACAAGCAACGUCAGCUGUGCCAGCGGCACCCAGACCUGAUGCAGUCCAUCGGUGAGGGGGCUAAAGAGUGGAUCAGAGAGUGUCAGCACCAGUUCAGACACCACCGCUGGAACUGCAGCACACUGGACAGGGACCACACGGUGUUUGGUCGGGUGAUGCUCCGAAGCAGCCGAGAGGCAGCUUUCGUAUAUGCCAUUUCUUCGGCAGGAGUGGUCUACGCCAUUACCAGGGCCUGCAGCCAGGGGGAGCUAAAGAUCUGCAGCUGUGAUAGCCACAAGCAUGGGCAAGCUAGCGAUGACAGGGGCAACUUCGACUGGGGUGGAUGCAGCGACAACAUCAACUAUGGCAUUAAAUUUGCAAAGGCCUUCGUAGAUGCUCGAGAGAGGAUGGUGAAAGAUAUUCGUGCACUGAUGAACCUGCACAACAACCGGUGCGGUCGGAUGGCGGUGAAGCGCUUUAUGAAGUUGGAGUGCAAGUGUCACGGGGUCAGUGGCUCCUGUUCUUUGAGAACCUGCUGGCUGGCUAUGUCUGACUUCAGGCGAACUGGAGACUAUCUUCGGAAGAAGUAUAACACAGCCGUCGAGGUGACUAUGAACCAGGAUGGGCCAGGCUUUAUGGUGGCUGACAAGAAUUUCAAGGGAAGCACCAAGAAUGAGUUAGUGUACGUCGAGGACUCCCCAGAUUACUGUCUCAUGGACCGCACAGCAGGUUCCUUGGGCACAGCAGGAAGAGUGUGCAACAAGUCUUCAAGAGGCACAGACAGCUGUGAGGUCAUGUGCUGUGGGCGGGGCUACGACACUAUGCGUGUCAAACGUGUCACCAAGUGUGAGUGCAAGUUUAAGUGGUGCUGCGCUGUGGAGUGCAGUGACUGCGAGGACAUGGUGGACGUUCACACCUGCAAGCCCCACAAACGACCUGAUUGGUUGGACAUAACUCAUCGAGGAGACCUGACCAAUCACAGUCGCCACUGACUCAUUAACCUGAGUGCUAAUGACUGCAUUUUGUUAUCCAAACUAUAAUUGGGAUCUCUUACCUGUAAUACCUCUGUCUUUUGAUCCAUUGACUCUUACUGAAGACUUCACAGACCUUGAUGAUACUGGAAAUUACAGCCAGUUACUGACUGUGUGCUGCUUUAAUAAGAACAAUUUGUUGAGUUUUUUUAAAGACAAACUUGGGAUCCUUGAUACAAAAUGGCUGAAAAUUAUUAUUGCUAUUAUUCAUUUGUAAAUGCACCCUUGAUUGAGGUAUAAGAGAUAUAAAGUAAUGUCUGUUUAUUUAACAGUAUAUAAAGACCAUGUUAGCACAUGACAUAGGUCAAAUUGAUGAUGAUAAUAAUAGUAACAUUUAACAUUUAGCAACAUAAUAAAGAAGAAAGACUGAGAGAUCUUUUGACAUACUGUAAAAAUACUGACAUUGUAUCAUUUAAAAUGAUAUCUAGUCAUUAUAUGGUACAGCAACAAAUCAUAUAAAACGCAAAAGACAGUUGCUGCUAAUUAAUGCAACUCUAACUAAUAAAAAGUCAGAGGGAGCUUAUGAAUAAGGCCAGACAAUCACACUGUGAACGAACUACAAACAGGAGAACAAGCAAAAACUUUCU